AUGAAAUUUAUUAUGGCCAUAGCUUCAAACGCCUAUACAACUUAUUUUGAGCCACAAUCUGAUUUAGACGGCACUAUCUGUUAUUGUGAAGUAUGUGAUCGUACAUUUUCUGAUGAAACAUUACUUCAGCUACAUAAACGAUAUGAAUGUGAAAUAGAAUAUACUUGUCCUAUUUGUGAUCAGAUAUUUUUCGAUUGUCUUGUUUUACAAAUUCAUAUCCAAGAAGAUCAUGAUCAUUCACAAUUGAACUCAUCAUCACAAUCUAUUAACAGUGUAUUUCCAACAGCAGCCACAAUGUCAUUAACAACAAUCAAUGAUUAUCUAAUUGCUCAGAAUGUACAGCGAAGUGAACUAAUGGAAGAAAAAUAUGAAACGUCAAAGAUGAUGGAGACAAUGAAUUACGUUAGUGAUCCAGUAUUAGCAAUGGCUUUACAACAAGAGGAAGAUGAAGAAAAUUUUCAGGCAUUUCAACGUAGAUAUGGCGCGAGUGAACAGUCGUUUAGUGAUCGUGCUCAAUGGAAUUUAGAUAAUUGUUUGAAAAAAGCAUGGAUCAGUCAACAACAAUAUAAUGAUUGUAAAAUGAAUUUAAGCAAGUUAGUAGUGCAGCCAAUUGAAAGAAAAGAAUCACGAACACAAGGUAUUAUUAAUUUAAUUCGUCGUUCUAUUCCUAUAAAUGGUGUUGGAGGCGUCAUUGAUCGUCGUCUAGUAUCAAAUUGUGAUCAUUUUGCUGCUACCUGGUUAGAUGGAGGCUGGUCGUGUGGUUACAAAAAUCUUCAAAUGCUACUGUCGUCAAUGGCGCAUGAUCCUCAAUAUCGUCAACAACUGUUUGGUGACCAAUGCGAUAUACCGUCUGUGAGUCGAUUACAACAGUUAAUUGAAGAAGCAUGGAACAAUGGAUUUGAUAGCCAAGGCAGAGAACAAUUUAACAGAAGAUUAUAUCAAUCAACAAAAUGGAUUGGACCAACAGAAAUAAUGGCAUGUUUAGCUCAUUGUAAAAUUAAGACAGAAUUACUAGAUUUUCACCAGUCAACAGACGGUCCAAAAUCAAACUCAUACUUACAUUUAUUUAAAUGGAUUAAAAAUUACUUUGAUAAUGAAACGUUAAAAUCAGACAAAAUUGUACACCCACUGUAUUUACAACAUGAAGGUCAUAGUCGAACAAUAAUUGGUUAUGAACAGAUGUGUACAGGUCCAAUUCGUUUGUUAAUCUAUGAUCCAAGUACAUCUAAAUUUCAAUGUGAACACUUUUUAAAAACUCCACAGAAAAAAAUCUAUUUAUUCCGUCGUACAUAUCAAUCGUUUAAUAAACCUGUCUAUCAAAUACUUUUACUCAAAGGUUUAUUGGGCCCACAUGAUCAAGAGGCUGCAAAACAAAUUCUAUCAAGAAAAGUACUAUCAUCAUGA